AUGGACAGUGCGAAUCCCCAUCCCGUCGACACAGAGGAUGUCAAGGCAACACAUGAUAAAAUGACAGCCAUCGACAGCGAUGUGAAGUGGGCUGUGUUUAAGUUCGUCGGCGGUACAAUGAAGACCAGCCUAACGGGGAAAGACUUUGAAACAUUUAAAGCUCAGUUUACAGACGAAGUUGUAGCAUUUGCUUACUAUCGCCUUGACCACGGCGUAUAUGUCUUCAUGUUGUGGACAGGAGAAAAAGCACCACCCACAGACAAAAUAGCCGCGACGGCCAUGCAACCGUUUUUACAGUCCAUCAUAAAGACGUUUGCCCACGAAAUGAAAACCAGCAAAAUAGACGACGUCAACCCAGACAACAUCAGCAAACUCGUGGACAACGCAAAGGGAAUUUCAGGGGGCCUUUAA